CUCUGACAGCAGCAAAUGUGGAACAGUUUUCUAGACAAGAUUGACAUAGUCAAACAAAAUGAAUAUACACCAUCUGACCAGGACCUGCUGAGAUGCAGAGUUUUGACAUCAGGAAUUUUUGAAACCAAGUUUCAGGUGGACAAAGUAAACUUUCACAUGUUUGAUGUUGGAGGGCAGCGAGAUGAACGCCGAAAAUGGAUCCAAUGUUUCAAUGAUGUGACUGCUAUCAUAUUUGUGGUGGCUAGCAGUAGCUACAACAUGGUUAUACGAGAGGACAAUCAGACCAAUCGGCUUCAAGAAGCACUAAACCUCUUCAAGAGUAUCUGGAACAACAGGUGGCUACGGACCAUUUCAGUAAUUCUUUUCCUGAAUAAACAGGAUUUGCUAGCAGAGAAAGUUUUAGCAGGGAAAUCUAAAAUUGAAGACUACUUUCCAGAAUUUGCUCGCUACACUACACCAGAGGAUGCAACACCAGAGCCUGGUGAGGAUCCCAGAGUUACAAGGGCCAAGUAUUUUAUUAGAGAUGAGUUUCUUAGAAUCAGCACAGCAAGUGGAGAUGGAAGACAUUACUGCUAUCCUCACUUCACCUGUGCAGUGGAUACAGAAAACAUCCGGAGGGUUUUCAAUGACUGUCGGGACAUUAUUCAACGGAUGCACCUUCGCCAAUAUGAGUUGUUGUGAUGGAGAGCACUUUUUUCUGUGUUUUGGACUCCUUAUUCCUUAUUAAAAAAAAAAAAAAAAAAGAAAAACAAAAAAGAAACAAAAAAAACCUUUGCCCACAUAGGGUGGAAGAGAACUGUUGCAGUCUCCCUCUGAUUUGCACCCCUCAACUUUUUCUCCUUGCUGGACAAUAGCAGCACUUCUAAGCUUGCUUGUGUCCCCCUCAGACAGUUUGAGAUGGCACCUAAAACUUAAAGGCCAUUUUCAUGGUGGGUUCCCUAACACUGUUGUUAACAAAGUUAAUUAAUUAAUUAAUUAAUUAAAGGCUCUGAAUGUGGAGCACCUGCAAGGAUUGGGGAUAAAAUUAAAAAAGUAAACAAAAAAAUGGGGAGAGAAAACCUUAGGUAAUUUAGCACUGUUGUGGGCAUAAUGAUAUAACCCAUGAUUUCAACUUUGUAUCCAUUCACUGCAUCAGACAAAAGAAGGUGCCAAGUCACAGACCAAGUUUGAAGACAGACACUUGAGUUUGGUUCUCUGACUGUAAUGUGGCUUUGAACGGAAAUACUGACAAUUCUACAACAGACCUAGACAGUGCAAAAACUAACCGCUACCUUUCAGAAGGGUAUUUUUAAAUCCAGUCUUGGUGGUCUUAAGAUGACCAUGGACGUUAUGAAUUGAACUGCAUAUGGCCUGUGAUUGCAGAAAGAGUUAACCACACACUGUUUUCCGUUUGUCCACUGAUGAUCCUGUCUGCUAUAAAAAUCAUUAUCUGGACUUUAGUCCUCACGGUCUUUCCCUUCUUUUUCUUCUCCCCUGCCCUCAUUUUUUUAUUUUACUGCUGGAUUAUUAUUCUUGUACAGACUGUAAAAUGUAUUAUUUUGUACAACUUUAUUGAAAAAAUAACUUGUAGAAGAUCUUUGUGCCUUGAUUAUGGCUGUACCUGUACAAUGAGCUAAGAUGUAAGUAUGUUUGAUUGCGCUGUACAGCUUUGUCAACCCUAUCUGCAGCAUUAGCUCAAGGUAGGGAAAAUUUAUCUGUAGUUUAGUUUUUCUGGUUUAUAAAAGAAGGAAAAAUACUGUUUAGUAAAAAACAAAAAAACAAAAAAAAAGUACAAAUUGUGCAAACUUAACCACUUUAAAAGUGAGGUCUUCAACAAGUGACCAGAUGUUGCAGCAUCAUGCUUUUUAAUUUUUAGCUUUAAUUCAUUUAAAUCUCUAUCCAAAUGCAAAACAUGGCUUGUUUCUACAUAAACCAAAUUUUGCUACAAAUUAUAAAUGUUAGUCUUUGGUCAUUCAUAGUCCUUUUCACAAAAGUCAAAAACAGAACAAAAGCAAACACAUAGGCAUCAUGCAGGUCUGCUGACCAUCUGUAGACUGGGCCAAACACCCCACCAAACUCCGCUAUCCUGCGUGGGCAUAAUACUACAAGAAUGAUAAAGUGUAUACCACCCUUGGAUUUGGUCACUGAAUUCCAGUUUCAAAUGACAUUUUUAUCUCUCUUUUAAUAAAGAGAUAUCUUAGAACCUUUUUAUUUUAUAUUAACUAUAUAAGUAGCUUAAAGUGAAGAUGUGUGGAUUUUUUCUUAAACUUGAAUAAUUUAUGCAAAUUAUAUGCUUAGAACAACAUGUGGUACAGUAAAAAGAAAAAAGAGCAAAAAUCACUGUAGCAAUAAGAGAGCAUGUAAUUUUAGUAACUACUACACUGCUUUAUAUUUUAUACCUAGGUGUUUUAUGUCUCUGAGUGUAUUACUUUUUCAUGUGUCUAAACCUACGUGUACAAUUUGUACAAAGUCAGAAAUUACAGCUGUAAUAACACAUCUAGAACAGUGUUAGCAUAUAUUACUCAAACGCCCUUCUCCACUCCCUUCCUCCUACUUACUCCCCCAAACCAAUCUGGAUCUUAAUGCAGUGAAUUUUUUAAAAAUUACCUCUUUGCCUUUCACACUGGCUUUUUUUUCACAAGAUGUUAAUUACUUUUUGGGAAGCGGUCCAAUUUAAAUUAAUGCUAGGGUGUGGUCAGCAAUGUCUGUGUGGCUAGAUUUGCUACAGGUACCAGAUGCCUUUUUAAUGUUACAAACUGUAGCCAUUCAGAAUUGAGAAUUUUUUGUUGUUCUUGCUUUUGUGGCUUCCUUUAAUGAGGAAAUUAACCACCUAGUCCAUUUUAACACAUGUAGAAAGCAAGGACUUAGUGUUGGUAAUAACUCAUUCCUCAUUUGGUUCAAAAUUACUAGUGAUCUUUCAGAAGAUGUUAAAUUGUCUUGAAACUUUGGCUGCAAUUGCUAAUCAGAUUUUAAAAACCUGUCUGUCCAGUUCACAAUUUGGAAAGCUGCCACCUGAGCCUUGUGAAUCGGUAGAAGAGCCUGAUCCAAAAUAGCCCUCACAUUCUUCUGUUGGUUUCAGAGUAGAAUCACAACCUGGAGGUUAAGGGUUGGGGUUUCAAUAGGUAAAAGUGGGAUGGGGAAUAAAAGGAAAUAAAACAUGAGCCUUAAUUUUUGUUACAGGAGCAAAAAACUUUUAAGUUUAGUGCCAACCCUUAUCUUUUUAAGCCUGGAGGGAGUUGGUGGAAGCAUCAAAUUUUUUAUACAAGUGGAGGAAAUCUAAUGGUAAGGAAUGGUUUCAGAGUAGCAGCCAUGUUAGUCUGUAUUUGCAAAAAGAAAAAGAGUACUUGUGGCAUCUUAGAGACUAACAAAUUUAUUUGAGCAUACGCUUUCGUGAGCUACAGCUCACUUCAUCGGAUGUAUUCAGUGGAAAUGCAUCCGAUGAAGUGAGCUGUAGCUCACGAAAGCGUAUGCUCAAAUAAAUUUGUUAGCCUCUAAGGUGCCACAAGUACUCCUUUUCUUAAUGGUAAGGAAUGUAAUCUCUGUUCUGAGAAAAAGAAAGCACCUCCUCUUAAAAAUAAAAAAAACAAUGUCAAACUCCUUCCUCUGACAAUGACAAGGAUACACAAGCGUAUGUAACAAAGAAGAAAUAUAUAAGACAAUACCAUUUUAAGAAACUUUUCUAUAAAGCUUUAUAUGAAUGGAAAUGUUUAGGAGAUGCUUUUUUGAGAGAGAGAGAGAGAGAGAGAGAGAGAGAAAAGGCAGUGUAUUGAAAAGUCAGGUUGCACAUGUAUGGAGUGUGUGUGUGUCUUAAUGUCUCAGUAUUGCCUUUGUUAGUUUCUUUAGUAGUCCAUGCAGUUUGGUGGCCUGGUAAACGCAAGUCUUAUUUUUAAAAGCUUUUCCUUUUUGUUUUGUUUUUAUUUUUAAUACAAAACCAUAAAGCUUUAAUGCUUGCUAUUUAAUUAGUAACUGUGUUUUCUUCUGUCUUUAAUUUAGUAGCCAUAAUUUGAAGUUAUUUGAACCAUUCCAACUUAAAGCUUGCUUAUAUUUUCUUAGUUUUGUUAUUUUCCCUCCCUUUCCCUCAUUUAUUUAUUUGAACUUCUUGUUUUCAUAAUUGAGGACUUUCACCUUUUGUCUCAUUCACCUGUUUGGGAAUUUCUGACCCUUACAUCCAAGACUUUACUCAUUCUACUCAGUAUUCAUUGAUGCUGAAGUGUAAGAUACCUGCAAAUGUAAACACUACCACUUCUAUUAAUAAAAACAAAUACAGUGUUUUAGGGGCACAUUUGCAUCACUAUAGUUAAGGUUGUGUCAGUAUUUCCAUUAUAAACCCAUAGCGGGAGUCUAUACCUUGGCACCAAAUUGCCCCAGGCUAAAUCUUGCCAUACAAGGCUUCUGCUCAAACAUGAUUUGGAGGGUUGGUUUUUAAACAAUUUCCAACACAAACUUUUGGUUCUGUUUUAAAUUAUACAACUGUUUUGUUGGACAGGGGUUGAUUUUAAAAAAAUGGUUGGUUCAAGAUAUUUUUGGCACUUGUAUAACUCAAAAACGGUUUUGAUUUAAAACAUAACCUUUGGCAAGCCAGUAAUCUACCAUAUGAUCUGAUCACUUUGGGUAUUUUGUAAAAAUGAUGAUAAUAAAUGGUAGCAGUGUCGUGGUUUCAAAAUCA